AUGGAAGAAGAUGAGAGGACGCGGAUGGAGGAGUGCAUCGCGGGGAGCUUGGUGGGGCUGGCGGUGGGCGAUGCGCUGGGCGCUCCCGUGGAAGGCAGGAGCGGCGACGAGGUGGCCAUCAUCCUCACCGGCGGCCACGCACCGCUGCGGCCUGCCAUGGCCGUGGACCACUGGGACGAGCACUGCGUGCGCGCAGCCUGCGAUGCCAAGAAGGCCCACCCCCACGGCGAGGAAGGUGGUGUGGAAUGCGGGUGGGACUACAGGCCCAACAUGUACGGGGUGCAGGGCAUCUACACCGAUGAUACCCAGUACUGCCUGUGCGGCCUCCAGUCCAUCUUCGAGACCGGCCACUUCGACCCACAGCGCACCACCGAGGUGUUCAGCCGCCUGCGCAUGUCCAAGGGCUCGGUCACAGGGAAAAGCUUCGGUCUGUUUCGCGGCACGGGCCAAUCCGGGAGGAAAGCGAUAACGAGGAUGGUCAACGGAGAAGACUGGCACGCGACUGGCCAGUUCACUGCCGGUAACGGAGCGGCCAUGCGCGUCGGCCCACUGGGCGCGUUCUACUACGCCGACAUCGACAAGCUGCUGGUCAACACCAUCGAGUCGGGCAUCGCCGCUGGGCUGGCCAUCGCCAUUGCCUGCGCCUUCUUCGUCGGGCGUGCUGCUGGCCAAUCCCAUGUUGUCGACAAGCCAUUAGCAACGCGCAGUUCAGACAUAGACAGCCACGGCUCUGACGACAGCGACGCCGAUGACGAUAGUGACGACGAUGAAGACAAUGACGACGAUGACGAUUUCGAUGCGAAGCAAUUCAUCGGGUUCGUGGCGGAGCACUGUCGCCGCGGGGAGGCGCUGAUGCUGGAGAACUAUGGGCGCCACCUGCUGUUCCCGGCCAAGACGGAGCUUGACACAUCGGCAUCGGGGUCGACCGCCCACAAGCAGCAGCCCCCGGCGAGGCGCGGCGGUGGGAAGGGGAAGAGACGACCACCGGCCAAAGACACGUUGCUCACCAACAAGCCACACGACCACCGCUCACCUGAUCUCGAGUGUAUGCUCUCUCCUCUCAUCGCCGCGGUGAAGCAACUGGCGAGCCUCGUCAACAGGAGCCUUGAUCGGGCGGGGAUCGACAUCAUGAAGAGGGUCUACUGGCCCGUCGCCCAGAAGCUGAGCAGCCGGAAGGUGACCCACCCGUGCCAGGGCUUCGCCUUCUGCUCCGUCCUGAUGUCGCUCCUCGCUGUGGCAUCGGCGUCGUCCUUUGAGGAGGCCGUGGUGGCCGCCAUCUCCAUGGGCGGAGACUGCGACACGGUCGGCGCCAUGGUGGGCACGAUGGGCGGGUCGCGCUGGGGGCUCUCAGCCAUCCCCAAGCGAUGGGCUCGCGGUCUGCACUUGGGCCAGCUGGCCACCGGCAGACUAAGCGUACAGCCAAUCGAGGAGGAGGAGGACCUGAGCGCGCCGAUAGGCGAACAAUGCCACGUCGACGAAUCAUCAAGCAACAGCGAAGAGGACGAAGACAGCGACCACGAGCUGGACGCGAUCAGAAGAGAAGAGAAUGGUGGCAGGAGCGAAGACGAAGAGGAUGCGGGGCGAGGGUCCAACAAGGCAGCAGUGACGUGUUGCUGCCCGCACCACUCCCUGGCCCAGCUGGUGGAGAUGGAGCGCAACCCGACCUGGCGCGUUCACGAAUGA